AUGAAUCAACUCGAAGGCCGAAAAUUGAAGAUCUCCGUUGUGACACCUAGUCACAACCGUUUAGAGUAUUUAAAAGUCGCUGUCAUGUCCGUUCAAGUCAACGUUCUCGCACCACUUGACAUCGAAUUCGAACAUAUUAUUCACGAUUGCGGUUCAACCGAUGGAACAAAAGAAUACUUCAUCGCCAAUUUACCACCUCAACGUAUUUUUUACAUCAAAGAUCGAGGUGAUAACAAAGAAUCCACCAAAGAUCGACAAUGGAUUCAAGCUACAGAAGACUUACGCAAAGAUGGCAAAGGUGAAUUAGCUGAUAACAUCACAUUUAUUCGUUCUGAACAUAAAGUUCCACCAAGUCAAGCACGAAAUAUUUGUAUUCAGAAAAGUACCGGACAAUACAUUUGUGUCCUAGAUGACGAUGAUGUGUUUCUUCAACGUACCAUUCAUAAUUUUGCUUAUGCAAUUCUGCAAAAUCCAACCAAGAAAUUCUUUGUUUCGGAUUUUCUUCGUGUUAACGAACAUCUUCAGUACAUGGCCAAAGAAGAUUAUUACGGAUGGGUGUUUUCAUCACCGCAAGAGAUGCUUCAAGCUAUUUUUGACAGUUGCCAUUUCAUUCAAGGAAACGUCUGUUUCAGUCGCAAACUUUACGAUGAAGUUGGGGGUUACGACGAAAGCGUUGGUAUGGCUGAGGAUUUAGAUCUUUAUGUACGAUUUCUCAUUCAUGGUCACUUGAAUGUUUAUUUACCGAUAAUUUCACAUUUACAUCGCAUGCACACGGCGAACUUUUCCAUUGGUUGUGAUCGAGACAAGCAUCAUUCUGAUCUAACCGAAAUUUACAAUCGUAAUCAAGACAAAUUGAAAGUGAUGGGAAUCAAAUUAACCUUGAGCAAUUAA